AUGCAGCCUGUGGGCGCCGGCGUGGACGUGUUUGAGGGGAGACCCAAGCUGAGUGCGUGGCGGGACAGAGUCCAGGAAGCUAUUGGAAAGGAGCUCUUCGAUGAGGCACACCAGUAUAUCCUGGGAGCACAGGAGAGUGUGAAAAGCAUGGACUCCAGCAAGAUGCAGGUCUUCAAGCCCAAGAUCCUCAGGCUCUUCAUGUGAACAGGACGGCACCGAUUCUGUGCAAACGACUUGGAUUCAUCUCAUAUGUGUCGAUACAACAAAUACACACAACGUCUUACAUGUAUGUCUGUACUAACAGGAUAAUGUAGUAUGCAUUCCAGAUGUUUCAAGUAAACUCAGUACACUCUUGUUGCAUAGUGCAGGGCUGCUCCAUGGAGACAGGCAGACAUGGCUCUGCAGACCUGAUUAUGUAACAGAGGAAUGUGAAACAUGAGCUUUCAGAAUAAAUGCACAGUUAUAAAAGCUCUGUCCUCGUAUAUAAUGAAGCUGCUGUUAAUCUUCUUUCAAGCCUAAUAAAGUGUCUGCAGCACUCUGUCA